CUCAAUUUUCGGUUUUUACUGUAAUGUAUAUAUAAACGGGUGCAGGAUGGAUAGGAGUAUGGUAGUUUACGCAUAGAUCUGGACGAAGCAAGUGGUUUGUUUUUGAAGCGCGAAGCGUGGAAUAGUUACAUUUGUUUGAAAAGUGAUCGAUAGUGUGAGCAUGAAGGCGUCGUGCGCAGUGCUGUUAGUGGCUCUAGUCGGAUCGGCCAUUGCCUUUCCACAGGCCGCAGAACCGGAACCACAGGACGGUAAGGUUCUUCUCGCUAGCUUGCCGGAAUCCGUUGCCGUUGCCGAGCAGCCGCAACAGGAUGCCCCAGCCGCACCACAGGAAGUACUCGUUGAACUGAAGAAAGAUGAAUCCGCUGGUGCAGUAAGCCUUGACCCAGCUCAGCUGGCUGAUGCAUCGUCGACCGGUGAGCAGGAGUCCGUCCGAGCUAAGCGACAGUUCGGUUUCGGUGGUGUCGGUGUUGGCGUUGGCGUGGGACUGCUUGGCGGAGGAUUCGGUGGCCCUGGAUUCUACGGAGGAUACCCAGGAGGUUAUGGCGGAUAUGGAGGAUACGGUGGAUAUGGUGGAUACGGAUACGGUGGUGGUUAUGGAGGAUAUGGCUAUGGAUAUGGCCACGGACACCAUCACCAUCGUCACCAUGGAUAAGCGGAAGUCGAAUUGUGUUCAAUGUGUUAACUUAUGAGAUUGUGAUAACUUAUUUAUAAUAAAAAUGAGAAAACAAAAACAUGAUACCUUA